GUUGAAUUAUUGUAUUGUACUACAGCUGGGGUAAUUCCUGUGAAUUCUCUAUUAAAUAAGCCCUUGUUAGCAAAUUGGUCAGUCACGAUCUUCCUCUACUACUUCCUCUAUUUUGGCAUCUGCUCUAGGGACUACGUUACGAAACCGGAAAACAUGCCUUCCAGCAACGUCUCACGGUCCAGAUCAUGCCACGUCGUGGCCAUGGCCGUCCCCGGAAGAGGCCACAUCAACCCCAUGAUGAACUUCUGCAAGUUGCUGGCUUCAAGAAGAGAUGACGUACUCAUCACCUUCGUCGUCACGGAGGAGUGGCUGGGGCUAAUCGGCUCCGACAGUAAACCGGAUAACAUCCGCUUCGGCACUAUUCCCAACGUGACCCCCUCGGAGAGAGUUCGCGCCACCAACCUUCUUGGGUUCUUGGAAGCUGUUAUGACGAAGAUGGAAGAUCCGUUUGAACAGCUCCUGAAGCGGCUUGAACCGCCGGUUACUACAAUACUAGCUGAUACCUUUCUAUUCUGGGCGGUCAGCGUCGGGAAUCGAAUGAGUAUUCCGGUAGCCUCGUUCUUUCCGAUGUCGGCAUCGGUGUUUUCCAUGUUCCACCAUUUCGAUCUCCUUGUGCAGAACGGCCAUCACCCGAUUGAUAUCUCAGAAAGGGGAGAAGAGCGCGUGGACUACAUCCCUGGACUUUCUUCAACCCGCAUCGCAGAUUUUCCAUCAUUGCUCCACAGGCAAAACCCAGCUUUGACUCGGUUCGUACAAGCAUAUUCAUGGCUGCCCAGAGCUCAAUGUCUUCUCCUCACUUCCGUCUCUGAGCUAGAACCCCAAGUCAUCGACUCUUUGAAAUCAAUGUUCUCAUUCCCCAUCUAUCCCGUUGGCCCUGUAUUACCUUAUUUCAACAUCAGAGAUAGUUCGUCUGUGACUAUUGGUUCUGAUAACCUCAACUACUUCCAAUGGCUGGACUCCCAACCUUGCAACUCGGUGCUGUACGUCUCCUUCGGAAGCGUUUAUUCGGUUGCGAGUGCACAGGUGGAUGAAAUUGCAGCUGGGUUGCGCGACAGCGAUGUUAGGUUUUUGUGGGUGGCGCGUGGGGAAGCUUCUCGGGUGAGAGAGGUGUGUGGUGAGAUGGGGUUGGUGGUGCCUUGGUGUAAUCAAUUGAAGGUGCUGUCACAUUCUUCUAUAGGCGGAUUCUGGACGCAUUGUGGAUGGAACUCCACCGUCGAAGGCCUUUUUUCUGGGCUUCCUUUUCUGACUUUUCCGCUAGGAAUUGAUCAAGUUUCAAACAGUAAGGCAGCUGUGGAGGAUUGGAAGAUCGGGUGGAGGGUGAAGGGGCAGGCGGGAGUCGAAACUUUGGUGAAGAGAGAAGAAAUAUGUGGGAUUGUGAAGAGGUUUAUGAAUUUGGAAAGCAAUGAAGGGAAAGAAAUUAGGAGCAGAGCGAGAAAACUUCAGAAGAUUUGUCAAGAAGCAGCUGCAAAAGGCGGAUCCUCGGAAACUAACGUGGAUGCUUUUAUCAGAUAUAUCACACAACUUCCCAGCCAUUAAACAGAUUCCGACUGCGUAUCGAAGCUUGCCUAUUACCCUGAAAAUAUUUCAUGGAUGACUAUUUCAUAUAUCUUGUUGAUGAAAAGACGUUUGCCUUGACAUUUGAAUGGUUUGGACAUGAGUCCAUCUUCUUGAUC